AUGAUUAUGUUUAUUCAAUUCCAGCAGAUUUGCUUCGUCUUACUCGUACUUUUUCCAAGAAAUCUAUUUUCCAUAAGGUUGCAAACAGUGUGCACUCCCUUGACUUUUCCACGGGAAUGUUUUUGUCAACGAACGCGUUCGACGCCAAUCUAUUCUUCGAAUGACACGUAUUUGCGUUGCCGGCAAUUAACAGAAAUUACUUGCAGAUAUCCAUGGACAAAUUUCACCUAUGAUCGUUUAGUAUUCGAAACUUUAAAUGACAAUUUAACACUAAGUCAUUCGGUUUUCACUAAUCUUAUUGCUCGGACAAUACGCUUCAAUACGUACAGUCUUUUCUUCAACAACCGCUCAUUUGCGAGUGCACACAUAGGUCAAUUGGUGAUUUCUCCUCAGAACAUCCUUGGUCGAGUGGAUUUCCCAUCGAACAGUCAAGUGUUUUCUGGUUCAGUAAUCACAAAUCUCCAUUUCAAGUCCAUUGAUUUCCAAAGGCAAAUCUCCGAAAGUGUUUUUUCCAAUACACUCAUUCAAACACUCACUAUUCACUCGUCGAAAUUCCAUGGUUUCACCAAUGAACAUGAUGAAACCGUUAUCAACCUCAAGUACGACCAUUUCUUAGAAUACGAUUCUUCAUUAACUCAAAUACCCUCAUUCAAACCGAUUCUUUCUACGAAUCGAACAUCUUUAUACAUAAAAGCACUCACUAUCAUAUCCAGUAUAAAUACAACAAAUCUCACUGAAAAUUAUUUUCCAGUUAACUUAGUUUAUGAACAAUUAGAAGAGGUUCGAUUGAGUUUCAAUGAAAUCCACUCUCUCGCUACACAUGUUUUCUCCCAUUUGACCGACUUUCAAGGUCAUUUAUCACUAGCAAAUAAUCAAAUACAAUAUCUUCAUUCACUAGCAUUCGCAGAUUUAUUCCAUCUGAAAAAUCUCUCGUUAGCAUACAAUUUUAUUGACAAUAUCUCUUCAAUUCAUUUCCGAGACCUACACGAUUUAUACGAAUUAGAUUUAAGUUCGAAUUUACUUGUCACACUACAAAGCAAUACAUUCGAAUACUUGGAAAACUUACGAAUACUUCGUCUAAAUUUCAAUCCGAUCGAAUUUAUCGAAUCGAAUGCAUUCGCAAAUUUGAUCAAUCUCGAAGAAAUCGAUUUUCGUGGUGUUAAUCUAAUCGAAUCCGAGUGGAUUUGGAAUUUAGCGAGUUUACAUGUUAUUCAGACAAUUCAAACAGACUUUGAUUUAAGUGACGUGGCGUUCUGUAUUCUGUCUCGAUACAAUCAAUCAUUGUUUCACCUAUCAAGACACGAUUCUUGUUCGUGCCGGAUUCAUUAUUUCAACCGGAAAGCGAGCGUCCAUGAAAACUCCAAAGAAUAUCUACGUUUAACACCAAUAUGCAGAGAAAUCUUUACUGAACAAGAUCGGAAUAGUAGCAACAAUGAAUUGAUACUUCGAAAUUUAGAAGAUCAAUGUCAUUAUAAAUUCUUCGCGGUGGAUUGCGACGCAAUGACUGCAAAAGACAUGAAGAAUAGCACAGUUGAGAUCAGCACGAAACCGACAAUAACAACAAGAAUGAGCUCAACUAAUCAACCUCCACGUCGAUCGUUGAAUAAUACGAAAAAGUUAUUUACUGUUCUUGCAACGUUAGUAGCAAUUACACUUAGUGCAAUUAUUCUCGUCUUUUUCUGGUAUCGUUUUAAAUCAAUGUUGAAACAGCGACGAAAGAAACGAAAGUUUCUUCAACAUCAACGACAUUUCAACACACCUGUUACUCGCAGUCCGUUGCCACCAUUGCCACGCUAUGCCUCUGUCGAUGUUUUAGGUAGUACGCAGAGUGAACACCUACUUGUGAAUAAUCAAAGUCAAUUCGAAGCGCCAUCGUCGAUGAUUUACAAUAACAUCGAUUCUAUAGACAAAGAUCCAGUUGACAAUGAGUUUAACGAGGACGAAACUCCGACUCUGUGUUAA